UCCCCGCGUCCUCCUCCGCGCCCGCAGACGCACUUUGCGCGCUCCAGAUGCGCGUCAGCCGCAUGCUUCCAUGACUUUCACACUUUUUCUGGAGUGGAAUAUGAAUCCUCGGUGGUAUAUGGAUGAAUAGUGCGGGAGUUGGAGACUUUCUGCGGCUCUUGUAAAGUUUGAAUUAGCCUUUAAUGAGGACUGGCUCUUUUUCUUCUGUGGGAUGAUGGCACAGGCGGUCUCCGUCAUUCUCCUGCUUUGCGUUAUUCUGGACAUAACUUGUGUCGCUGCCAUUGAACUGCGGUUCAUCCCUGACCCACCAACUCUGAACAUAUAUGGCACCCACAGGAUGAACAAAUCUGAGAACCUGGAACUGAUAUGCAGAGGUCGGCAGCAUCUGAGGUGGUUGAUGCCUCCAACGAGCACACACUUUUCCACCAGCGACUGCAGCGGCUCCGGACUCUUCUGCACCACGCUGACCAUCGUCAAUGCAACAGUGAAUGAAACCGGAGAGUAUCAGUGUUCUUACAGAGACCUGAAAGUUGAGGAUGGGAAGACUGCAACAUCGCUUUAUUUGUUUGUCCAUGAUUACAAAGUACCGUUCGUGCCGUCUGGCAAGGAGCUUGAAGUGGUGUUCAUUCGUGAGGGAGAGCGGGUGGUCAUACCCUGCCGUGGAUCGAUGGAGAAUCUCAACGUUACGCUAAACACUAAGUAUCCAAUCAGGGAGCUCCAUCCUGAUGGGAAGGAUUCUGUGUGGGAUGCCCGGACUGGAUUCACCGUACCCACUCAUCUGAUCAGCUACGCUGGCGUUGUGUCCUGCCAGACUCGCAUUGGGGAUGAGACGUUCAAGUCCCCUCUCUACAUAGUGGCCGUUGUGGGAUACAAGAUCUAUAACCUCACGCUGACCCUCUCGCAACAGACGCUGUCUGUGGGCGAGCGCCUGGUGCUCAGCUGCACCGCGUGCACCGAGCUCAACGUGGCCAUCGAGUUCAACUGGACGCACUCCGAUCGGGCACUGAGUUCGGACAGCGGUUGGAGGCAGUCUCAUACGGUGUCCCACAAGAAGAAGCUGUGGAAGUCCCUGGAGCUGUCCAACACUGUCAUCGUGGACAGCGUGACAAUGGAUCACAACGGAGAGUUCACCUGCACGGCUUCCAGCGGGAAGAUGGAGAAAAGUGCCACAGCGAGUCUGAAAGUUUAUGAAAAGCCCUUCAUCGAGAUGCAAGAGCCCUUGAUGAAGGUUUUGGAGGCAAACGUAGGAGAUCAGACACCCACUGUGAUCCCUGUAAAGUACACAGCCUACCCUGAGCCCAGCUUUAAAUGGUUAAAAAAUGGCCAAGCUCUCAAAAAGGACUAUCGAAUAAAACAAGAGAGAGAUGCUCUCACCAUCCAUGGAGUCAAAGAGAUGGACGAGGGGAACUACACAGUGAUCCUGAGCAAUAAGAUCACCGAAGAGGAGGAGAGGCGCACGUUCCAGCUGUUGGUGAAUGUGCGCCCGCGGAUUAUCGAAAAAGAAACGGGCGUGGACACCGAUGUGUACCCGUAUGGCAGGAGCCCCACCCUCAGGUGCACCGCUCAAGGAUUUCCCACGCCCACCCACAUCCAGUGGCAGUGGAUGUCCAAGGAGGACUGCCCCGAUGCUUUCCUGUCAGGACAAGUCAAGCUUGAGCUGCAGCUUGAGAAGUGCACAGGCUGGAGGGACAUCAGCAACAGCACUGGUCCCAACCAAGAGGAGCAAAUAACAUCUGAGGUUGAUCUUGACCAACGGAAAAUUUCAAGCGCUUUGAAGAUUCAGAAAGCCAAAGCCCACGCUCUCUACAGAUGCACGGCACGCAACAAAGCAGGAGAGGACUCCCGAGUCAUCUUUUUCCGUGUGACACGCAGCCUUGAGGUGAGCAUGUCUCCGUCUGACAGACCCCUGGAGGAGGACUCGGUGGUUCUGCGCUGCACGGCCGACAAACUGAUCUACGACCACCUGGCCUGGUUCCUCGUGGCCAACGUGUCGGAGUCGGUGCAGGUGGCGGCCGCCACGCUGCUGCCCUGCCGCUCCCUGACCCUGCAGCCGCGGCCGCUGCCGCAGGCCGUGCUCAUCGUUCAGGAAGGGACGAAUGUCACCCUGGAGCUGACGCUGCCAAACGCCUCCCGCCAGGACGAGGGCCUGUACGCCUGCCAGGUGCAGAACAACAAGACCAAAGAGAAAACCUGCCUGCUGCGCCGCUUGUCGCUCAGAGAUCUCGAGGGUGCGAGGAUCCGUAAUAACUUCACGGACCAGAAGGUCAACAUGAGUGCGACCAUCACCCUCCACUGUGACGCCGUGGGCACGCCCAACCCGGUGGUGGUCUGGACCAAAAACAACCAUACCGUGGUGGAGGGUUCAGGCGUGUUUCUGAACCAGCAGAACCUGACAAUCCAGCGUGUGAAGAAGGAGGACAGCGGCCUGUACACCUGCGCUGCGUGUAACAGUCGUGGCUGCGACACCUCGCAGGCCUAUUUGACGGUGGAAGGUGCCGAUGAGAAGACUAAUGUGGAGCUGAUCGUUCCUAUUGGAUCAGUAGUCAUAGCCAUGUUUUUCUGGCUGCUGAUCGUCUUUGUUAUCCGUGGAAGAAAGAGACCAAACGGAGGAGAUCUGAAAACGGGCUAUCUGUCCAUGAUCCUGGACUCCGAGGACAUGCCCAUGGACGAGCAGUGCGAGAGGCUCACGUACGACGCCAACAAGUGGGAGUUCCCUCGGGAAAGGCUGAAGCUCGGUGAACCUCUGGGCCGAGGGGCGUUUGGCCAGGUGGUCGAGGCGGCUGCCUUUGGCAUUGAGAAAAUCACCACAUGCACCACUGUUGCAGUCAAGAUGCUGAAGGAGGGCGCCACUUCUAGUGAGUACCGUGCCUUGAUGUCAGAGCUGAAAAUUCUCAUCCACAUUGGACAUCACCUGAACGUGGUCAACCUGUUGGGAGCCUGCACCAAACCUGGGGGGCCUCUGAUGGUGAUUGUUGAAUACUGUAAACACGGGAACCUUUCUAGCUACUUGAAGAGCAAGCGUGGAGAGUACAGCCCUUACAAGAGAAAACGUGUGGACAGCCAACGCUGGACGUCUGCAGAAGAGGACGUCAAUGAAGGGGAUCUGGGUUUGGGGAAGAUUGCACAGUUGGACAUCUGCACUGGGACAGCUGAAGACAAGGCUUCAGGCAGCCACGCAGACAUGCAUCAAGAAAGCUCCGUUGACGACCAUCUUACCAUGGAAGACCUGAUAAGCUAUAGUUUCCAGGUUGCCAAAGGAAUGGAGUUUCUGGCUUCUCGCAAGUGCAUCCACAGAGACCUAGCAGCCAGAAACAUCCUGCUCUCUGAGAACAACGUCGUAAAGAUUUGUGACUUUGGCCUUGCCAGAGAUGUCUACAAAGACCCUGACUAUGUCCGCAAGGGAGAUGCACGGCUCCCUUUGAAGUGGAUGGCUCCUGAGACCAUAUUUGACCGGGUUUAUACCACGCAAAGUGAUGUUUGGUCCUUUGGCGUCCUUCUUUGGGAGAUCUUUUCACUGGGGGCCUCUCCUUAUCCGGGCGUUUGCAUCGACGAAUCCUUCUGCAGGAGACUCAAGGAAGGAACAAGGAUGAGACCUCCAGAAUAUGCCACCACUGAGAUGUACCAGACCAUGUUGGACUGCUGGCUUGAUCGUCCUACCGACAGGCCCACGUUUGCAGAACUGGUCGAACAUCUGGGAAAUCUGCUCCAGACCAGUGCCCAACAGGAUGGGAAAGAUUACAUCCCCCUGACAGCGGGUGAAGCAGAGGGAUGCCUGGUGCCCACUGGGCCCAUGAGCCCUUAUGCCAGGCCUCAAAGCGGUGAAGCCGUGGAGAGUCACUACGAUAGCCCACAGUCUCUUGGACUGUCGCUGCAGAAUGAAAGGUGCGGCCGGCCUCUGAGUGUGAAGACAUUUGAAGACAUCCCUGUGGCGCACAGCAGUGUCAUGGAGGGGCACACAGACAGUGGGAUGUGUUUCUCUUCAGAGGAGGGAAAGCACUUACAUCAACAGAUGCAAACCACACCGAACUUCAGUCAACUGCGGCGCUGCAAGAGCAAAGAGUCUGUUGCUUCGGAGUCAUCCAAUCAGACGAGCGGGUACCAGUCGGGGUACCACUCUGAUGACACAGACACCCCGAUCUAUGCCAACGAGGAGGUGAUCAUGAAGCACACCAUGCUGAAGAAGCCUCCGCUGCCCAAGACGCCCGAAAAGUUCAAAACAGAGAUCCGCUACAGCACCCCGCCCGUCUGACCCCGCACAUUCCCAACGGCUUGACCCCUGGGUCUUCUCACUGUACAGUGUCAUGGUUUGGUUUCCACCGGUGUGGCGGUCCGGGACAAAAAUGAAAACACGCAAAUAGGAAAGGCUGUGUGUUGGGACGUCGCACGGGAGAGAAUCUGAGAAGCGAGCAGAGGAAAUAAAAAGAAAGUUGUAUGAUAAGUUUGUGUAGCAGCUCUCUGUGGCCGGCCUGAGGAACGGCGUCAUGUCUGAGGAUCCCAAACGGGAGGACGCGCCCCCUUCCUCAGGCACAAUCCACUUCCUCUAUUGCAGGAAAUGGCAUCUGGAAUUUUUAGAUAACUGAAUCAGUAGAGGGUUUCUUUCUUUUUUAAUAUGCAUUUGUGUGUUUGUUGGCAUACUGAAUAGCAUUUUCUGUAAUCACAGUUUCCACAGUCCAUUUGUACAGUUAUUUUAUACACAGUAGCUACAUUAUUUUAUUGAACAUUUGUUACUUAACCGUUAAUCAAUGUAUCUAGUUUUACUAAAUUAAAAUGCUCACAAAAUAAGCAAGUUUCUCUGUGGAUCUUUGUAAUAAAACAAUUAUGGUUUGACUUGUAAAACUCACAAUGAUUUAU